GGACGUGGCUUACUGGGUGACGUCAUAAGUUGCCAUUUUGUCAACAGUGAGAGUGCAUCAGCAGUAAACAGACAAGAUGAUGGAAGAAUCAUCUGACGAGCAGCCAGAGAUUAUCUCCCAUGAGGAAGCACAGCUAGCAGAGAAAGAGGCUGCCCAGACAGCUGCUGCUACCCCCCAGAAAACUGGAGUGGGACCAAGCAAUGUGGCAGCACCCUCCCCCCUCCCAUCAUUCCUUGCCACCUCUUCUCCGACUCCCACGUCUGGAUCUACGCAGGUUAAAGCAAGUCCAUCCCCAGUGCCACAGAAACAGGUGUCCUCAAUUACCACUCCCAGUGUCAAGGGACCAAUAAUCUCAGCAGCAGUUGCCUCCCCUGCUCCAGGAGGAACCACUGCCCCGGGACAUAUGGAGACCCCGUACGAGGCUAGUUCAUCUAUCCCAGUGAGUGAUGACUCCCCUGGACCCAUGCCCCAGUCUGGGGGAGGCUUGUUCAGCUGGAUCUCCGGCAACAGUCUCGUGUCAAAGGUCAUGGAAAAGACUAAGAACUCUAUGGAAUCUGUGAUCACCACACUAGAUCCUGGCAUGAAGGAAAUUAUACGGUCUGGUGGCGACAUCAACAUUGUGGUCACAUCCACAAAGGAGUCGAAGCUUGGGGCAGUUAGAGAAGCUUUUCAACAAGUGUUUGGUCGAGCAACAAUUACGGGCAUGGAGAGCCAGGCUACAACAGCUGCCCAGCCUGUGGGAUGUACAGCCGGGCUGAAGGGAGCAGAAGAGCGCAUCCAGAAUCUCCGCCAGAAGAGUUCCCUGUCCGGUGACCAGCCCAUCGUCUCUGUGGAGGGAUUCAUCAUGGAACUUCUCCCUGACAGGUGGUACGAGAUGAGUUGCUUGGUUCUCCAAGACCCCAGCCACAGAAUUGACCUGCAGACCUUCUCCCAGCCAACUCCCAUCCCAGCUGAAUUCGUCCUCUCUGCCCAAGAUCAGACCCCGUCCACCUACCCCCUCCGCUGGUCAGGACUUGCUGUCACCAUCGGCCAGGUGAUCGAGACGGCCCAGCCACACAUCGGUCAUACAGACUGGCAGAGUGUUCUGGUGGGGGUGAGCCGGAGAGAAGCCCUGCUGUUGGCGGCCCGGGGGCUGGCCUACAUGUACCAGCAGCGGUUGCCCACCUCCUUCAUCUCAUGACCUGCCCAUCACUGGCGGAGGUCUACGACACACCGAAUCUAUCGUGCAUUUUCCUGAGCGUGAAUCUGUUGAGGGGGGUGAUAAUUUCUUGUGGACAUCGCUGAUCUUACUUUGUAAUGCUGUUGUGUGAAGGGCGUGAACAGCAUGAUUUUUUUAAUCAGUGGACAUGACAAUUUAUAUUUUAUAUAAAAUGUAACACUUUAACGUGGCUACUUGCACACAGCCAUUUCCAUAAUUCUAGGGCUCCCCAGUAACCAAUGUCUUUCUUUUUUUUGGAUGACUAGGAUUUGAUGAUACAUGUAUGUAACCAUGGUAGGUGCCAUGCUAAGUGGUUUGCCAGCCCACAACAAGGGUGGCUGGUGUAGAAUUCUUAAAUAACAAUAGAUCCUCUAGUACGCUUGUAUAGACAAAUGUAAAUACGCUCGAUCAUUGAUUGUGAUGUUGGAUGUGUUGGUUACAUCACAAAUGCCAAAUAUAACAUGCAUAGUUGUCUUUGAGACAUGAAGUCAAACAUGUAUUCACAAAUGUGAUACCAAAUUGACUGUGAAACAUUGCAACAGUGAUGAAACUAAUUUGAUUGGUUUACUCUUCAGUAUUUCCAUGGUUCUGUACUCAUUUACUGGUAGUAUAUUCUUAGUGUUAGGGAUGUAUCAUUAAUGGGAGUACCACAAUACAAUGCUCAUAUUACAAAGUGGUAUAAAUACAAGGCGAUACAUGUUUAUAAAAUGGGAUGCUUACAUGGUAUGCAAAUGCAUUGAAACAUUAUUCAACAGGUAUCAAGACAUUGUCAGGUCAUAUGACACUAGUUUCCUGAAUUGAUUUGAGUGUGUUUCAGUCUGCAAGUUCAACCUCCAGCCAUCCUGUCCAAAGGCCCAUCUAGUAAAAUUCUGUUCGGUUUAGUCAGUUCAGCUAAUAAUAGUCCCUAUGAUAACACUGAAAUCGACUGAAAAUGAUGCUUAGGACAAGUUUGGGCUGAUAGACUGAAAACCUUUUGGGCACAGACUGUGUGUCUUCAUUCCUGUAAUGAUGUUAAUUUUCAUGCUUUGUAUCGUGUAUCUCAAUUUUGAGAUUUGUAUGUUUUUGUUCCAGCCCGCUUGGUGUAGGUUGAACGUGUUGUCUUGCUCGGCAUAAUUACGCCACCUUUAAUGCAACACAAAUAAUUGUGCAGAGUUGUGUCCCUUAGCAGCAGUGAUUCACUGGCCCUGGCUUCGAGACCAAGGUUCACCCUGGUCAUAAUUCUGUCUGUGAACACCUUUCCCUUGCUUGUGGGUUUACCAAAGUGGUAAAUGCCUCUUACUUGUGUAAAUUUGUUUUUUUCCUCUUACAACAAGCAGCCACACAGUGAUAUAACUGAACUCACUCACUCAUUAGCAUAAACUGGAGAGCACCUUCACAUCUGAAGGUGUGCCUAAAGCUGUCAACUUCAUGCUAUCUUUUCUUGCAUAAUAUCUAUAUUGUAUUGAUUAUUAACAUUAACUAGUGGUUACAGUCUUUGUUACUAUGUUCAUUAAAUACUGCAAGUCUUUUUGUCCAUUGACAACCUGGGUGGAGACUAGCACAGUGUGUACUUGAUUCCCAGUCGUGCUCCACAUCCCUAGGGUUUGAAUUCAGACCUAUGGAUAGCUUUAAUUCAAUACAUAAAGUAAGUGUGAUUAUUCUCACACCAAGAAACAAAACAGCUCCCAUGCAAAUGUACUUAACAGGGAGUUAUUGUGUGCCACCUCUGGCUGUGCCUGUAAACACAGCAGACACUUUUUAUGUAUUUUUAUAUAUCUCUUUCAGUCCUUUUCUUUGUCGGAUUGUUCACUCUGAACUGAAGGUUCCCAACUAUUUUCCAGUCAUUUAUUGCUGUAUGGCUGAGCCUUUUGCUUCCUUUUAGUUUGGAGGUAGGUGGCGUAGCCGAGUGGUUAAAGCUUUCACUUGCCACAUCAAAGGCCCGGGUUUGAUUCCCGAUAUAGGUACAAUGUGUUAAGCCCUUGUCUGGUGUCCCUAGUUGUGAUAUUGCUAAAAUAUUGUUAAAAGCUCCCGUAACUCCAUUCUCACUCAGGGGUACUGGUGGCCCAGUCGUCUAAGGCGCAGCGAUUCGCUGUGAAGAGUUGCGUCCCCUGGAUGCGCCAGAAACCUAUGAUUGUGGGUUGGAAUCCCGGUUCACCCUGAUUAUGUUUCUAGGUUUGUC